AUGGCCGCGGCAGGGUCCCGCCAGUUCCAGCUCGGGGACAGCGCCUCAUUCCCGGUGUACCGGCCAGUUCACACGGGCGGGACGCUGCUGCCGCCCCCGGGCCCCGCCUCCGCCCCGCUGCACCCCGCGAACCCCUCGGGCCCGGGCCCGGAUCGCGGCGCCCCGGCCGCCUUUUCGGGCUUCCUGGGGAGGGGCCCCGGCCCCGCCGCACUGCCCCCCGCCGGCCGGGACGCGCCAGCGCCCCCCAAAGGCGCGGCCGCCCCGUCGGCCUCCCAGCGCCGCAAGCGCACGUCGUUCAGCCCCGAGCAGCUGCAGCUGCUGGAGCUGGUUUUCCGCCGGACCAUGUACCCCGACAUCCACCUGCGCGAGCGCCUGGCCGCGCUCACGCUGCUCCCCGAGUCCAGGAUCCAGGUGUGGUUCCAGAACAGGCGAGCCAAGUCUCGGCGCCAGAGCGGGAAACCCUUCCAGCCUGCAGGCCGGCCGGAGCUCCUCCUCCCCCACCCCGCCCACGGAACUGAAGCCAGACGUUUGCGGCCCCAGCUGCCCGCCGAGGUGGACGUGAACUGCCCACCUGAUUCCAGCAGGGUCGGAGGGGGCAGCUCUGACCUUAGCUCACAAGGUCAGCACUGUGAAACCUAUUCGCUCCCGGAAGACAUUGGUUCAAAACUGGACUCCUGGGAGGAACACAUCUUUUCUGCCUUUGGUCACUCCUGA